AUUCAAACGAUUUCAAAAGGGCGACCCCACCUCCAGGGUCCACGGCUCCCGUUUCCGGCUCUCCGCCCGCCCGCGCCACACGCCACGCCAUGGCCUCCCCGCCGCGCGGCCAGCCCGCCACCGCCGCCGCGCCGGCGCCCGCGGCCACCACGUCCCCGCAGGUGCCCACCGCCUCCCUCCCGCUCCCCCGCGCGUUCCUCGCCGCUGCCUCCCCACGCGCCGCCGCGGCGCCCCCGCUCUUCACCGGCCGCCCGCUAAACCCUAGCGCUCCGGGCCACGUCUCCUCCGCGCCCCAUGGCAUCCUCUACCCCGUCGCGAAGCCUGUCGCCCCCUCCGCGGCCGCACAGCUCCGCCGCGUCCCCCCCAUUGCCGUCGGGUACCACCGCGCCCACCCCGUCGCCGUCCCCAUCGCGCAGCCGCCGCAGCCCCUGGUGCACUCGCAGCCCCGUUCGUUCGCGUCCGUGCCUCGGGCUCUUGUGACGAGCAUGGUAGCGCGUCCCGAGCAACCUCCGCGAGGAGUUCCGAUAGCCCCGCAGCCCAAGGUUAAUACAGUCCCCCCUGUUGCACCAUCCAGUGAGCAGGGCAACCCAAAGGAAAGGGAAAGGAGCAGAGAAGACUCUACAAUUGUGGUGAUUAAUGACCGCAAAGUUAACUUGCUGGACAGUGAGUCAGGGUCCUUGUAUGCUCUCUGUAGAUCCUGGGUGCGCAAUGGUGUUCCACAUGAAAGUCAGCCAAGCUUUGGAAAUGGUGAACCAAUUCUUCCAAGACCUUUGCCUGCUUCGGUUGUAGAUUCUAGGAUAUCAGAUAAGGAAAAUAAUGGUGCUACGGAUUUAGAUUCAGAUGAAGAGCCACAGAAGAAUGCUGAUGGUGAAUAUAACACAAGUGACUUAUUGAAGCAGCAUGUAAAGCGUGCCAAAAAGAUACGUGCUGGGUUGCAGAAGGAACGGCUUCGUCGGAUUGAAAGAUACAAGCAACGCCUUGCACUUCUUUUGUAGAAACGACCUUUGACUGUAUCUAUUAAACAGAAUAAGCUGAAAGCAAAGGCACAUAGCUAUUUGUUGCAAGCUUUUACUUCCGUAUCGGAAGUAGGGACAUUUGUUGAGGUGUUUUAUGACCAUUGUAUGUUUAGGAGCUUUCGUUCUGUAUCUUUUUAUUACCAAUUUAUCUGACAAACUGAAAUCUCUAAUGUUUCUCAUAAUAGUGAGCUGUGCAUAGAAGCAUGUUGUGUACUCGGAAUUUCUAGCUAAUGUAUUUGGUUACUCGUUUAAA